AUGGCAGAAGUGCAACAGGACCAGCAGUACCGGCUUUUACUCCAUCUAUUCUUCUCGGAAAAACCUUUAGAUAUCAACGUCACCAGCGACUCCUGUAUUACCAACGUUGAUGAAGUAGUAAGCAAAAACACCACGUUAAAGCGAUUUCACGGUUACAAAGAUGAAUUUAUCAAGACCGUAUUUAUUGGCAAGGGCAAACAGGAAGUUGCUUUCCGGUUUGAACAGGAUGAGAAGGAUCUUUGCCUGAAGUUGGACAAUAUCCCAUUGCCAUCAAGCGAGCUAAUGAAUGAAUGA